GGUCUGCAGCUGCAGCAGCUGCUCGGAUCAGAACCAAACCUGAACCCGUUUUAUCACCGAACCCGGUCAGACCUGCGGACUGCAACCAGCGGGAUGGAUCCCGGUCCGGUGUCCGCGCGGGACUCUCCGGAAGCUGCUGAAGAACUCGGCAGCAUCCGGAUCAAGAUGGAACCAGACGGCGACGUGGAGAUCCAGUCGUAUCCGGUUCUGAAGAAACUGUCCAUCAAACUGACCGACUGCAGGGCGUGGCUGGAGGGGCGGGACUUCCUGUCUCUGGACGAUCACCCUCAGCUCUACAGACUGAGGCAGCAGCACCCGACCAACACUGGCAGGAAGAUGGUCUACUGCCCCGAGUGUAAGAAAGGUUUCUACAAGUCUUCUCACCUGGAGGCUCACCUGAGAGUCCACCAGGGCCAGAAACCCAACGAGUGCUGGCAGUGCGGUAAGACCUACCCGACCCUGCUGAGCCUCGUCAUCCACCAGCAGAUCCACGACCGCAACCAGCCCUACCGCUGCUCCUACUGCGACAAGACCUUCGCCCUGAAGCGUGACUGGAAGACCCACCACCGGACGCACUCGGGCACCAAACCCUUCAAGUGCUGGUUUUGCGGGGACGGGUUCGGCUGUCACGACGAGCUGGCGGAGCAUCUGGGGACCCACGAGGGGGAGAAGUGCUACCACUGCAAGAUCUGCAACAAGAUGUUCGUCUCCUACCAAGGCUUCAACUUCCACAGCCGCUCGCACAGGAACCAGAAGAUGCUGCCCUGCAACAAGUGCAAGAAGACCUUCGCCAACCCUCAGAGCCUGAAGGUCCACCAGGUAGGCUCGCCCCCCGAAACCUCUGACACUGAUCACAAGGUGACACACUCCAACAGGAAGCCACACAAAUGUCCAACCUGUGGAAAAGGCUUCAAGCUGCUGAGCGGCCUGCGCUGCCACCAGCGGACCCACGAGGACCUGAAGGCCUACCACUGCACCGAGUGUGGGAAGUGCUUCUCCAGCCUGCAGGGACUGAAGCUGCACAACCGCACGCACACCGGACUGAAGCCCUACAAGUGCACUGAGUGCGGGAAGAGGUUCACACAGUCGCCCCACCUGAAGUCACACAUGGUGACCCACACGGGCGAGAGGCCUUUCCUCUGCACCACCUGCGGCAAGAGGUUCACCCAGUCGUCCCACCUGAGGUCCCACAUCACGCUGUUCCACGUGGGCGAGAAGCCGUUCACUUGCACCGACUGCGGGAAGAGCUUCACCAUCGCUCACUACCUGAAGGUGCACCGGCUGAGCCACACCAAGGAGAAGCUGUACCAGUGCUCGUACUGCGAGAAGUCCUUCUCCUACCACAACUCCUGGAGAGCGCACGAAAGGAUCCACACCGGCGAGCGUCCCUUCAGCUGCCAGGACUGCGGCCAGAGCUUCAUCACGUCGGGUUCGCUGCUGAGCCACCAGAGAGCCAAACAUACGGGAGAGAAGAGCCACUACUGCUUCACCUGCGGGGAGUUCUUCUUCACCAGCUCGCUGCUGCGGAUCCACCAGCUGGAUCACACCGGCGAGCGGCCGCACGUCUGCAGCUGCGGCAAGACCUUCAAAACCAAAGGAGUGCUGCGCUACCACCUGAAGAGGUUCACCGACCACCAGCCGGCCGAGUGAGGCGCCGCCUGAAACACGCGGUUCUUCCUGUUGAUCUCAUUCCAAAGUGUUCGUGACUCUUUGCACCAGAAGCUGCUUUAUGAACCAUUUGAGUUUUUGCACCGAGCUGCGACACAGGCUCGUUUUUCAGAAGGUGCUGCUGGUUCAACGGCUCGUUAGUCCAAAACCUCAACAGUCCAAAAACCUUCCUGUUCAA